AUGGCCGCGAUGGCGGCUCAGAACCCGACCGGCGGCGCCCCCGCGGACCUGCCGAUGCCCUCGCGCAACCCGCUCCCCCUCUCGGCCUCCCAAGAGGCGCAGAUCAGAGACAUUUACCACGCGCGCGUGCGGAACGCCUGCGCGCCCGAGAUCAAGGCCUUUGCAGACUGCGCCCUGAACCGCACCUUCACCGUCUCCUUCGUCUGCCGCACCCAGCUCCGCGCAAUGAACGGUUGCAUGAAGGCCCACGCCACCCCGGAGGAGCACGACGCCGCGCGCGAGGAAUGGUUCGCCAAGCGCAUGGAGCGGCAAAAGGAGCGCGAGCGCAAGGCCGUGAAGAAGGCGCAGCAGGAGGACUUUAUCCGCGAGUGGUGGGGCCUGCCCGAGAAGGACGCCGAGACGAGGAGGAAGGAGGAGGAGAAGAUGAGGCUGGGCGAGCGCGUGGGCGGGUACGCUGCGAGGGAUCGGAAGGGUGUUGCGGCGGAGGAGAGGCGGUGA